AAAAGGAAAAGAAAGAAAAAAGAAAAAAGAAAAGGAAAGAAGAAGAAAAGAGAAAAAAGAAAAAAGAAAAGAGAGAGAAGAAAGAGAAAGAGAAAGAAAAAGAGAAAGAGAAAAAGAAAGAGAGAGAGAGAGAGAGAGAAUUUAAAAAUGGACUCUUCCCUCACCCGGGAGAGGGUUUAG